UCAUAUUUUAAAUUAAGAUAUAAAAAAAAAUGUCAUUUCAUAAUAAAAGUAUUUACAAUUAAUAAGUUCCUUUUUUUUUCCUUUCGAAAACCUCAACAGAACCCUUGGGCACAAACACAGUCGGCACUGCCCAGCAAUUCAAAACCAGAGCUUUCCGAAAGCUAAAGUCUCAAUUGAGAAAAUCAAUGGAGGGCCCAUCUUCAGAAGCCAAUGAAGAUCCAUUGACAGCGAUAAAGGAGACGAGGCAGCAGCUGGAAUCCCGUGUGGACACCCUCCACACUGCGCAGCUGGACCUCAUCUCCUCCCUCCAAUCCGUCGUCCCGGACCUCGUCUCCUCCCUCGACCUCUCCCUCCACGCCAUCUCCAUUUUCAACCACAAACCCUUCACUCCCCUCGCCCAAAUCCUACCCUCGAGUCCCUCUCAGCCCAAGGCCCGUAUCCCCAAAUUGCCCCUCGACAACCCCAAAAUCCCAGCAGCCGUCUCCCGGCCCUCCCCUCGAGUGAACGAGCGGGCCCUGAUCGAGGAGAUCGGGGGCCCUCUACCGAUCGUCCGGUCUAUGGUGGCCGUGUGCCUACUGGAGAGGGUCCCUUUCAACCCUAUUGAUUCCUCGACGGUGCUUAGGAAGCUGGAGAACGACCGUUCGGCCACGGCGGCCGGGAGGGCGGCGCUGAGGGAGCUGGGCGGGGAGUCCGGACCCAUUACAGCAGUGGAGAUGGCGCUGAGAUCCAUGGCCGAGGACAGCGGAGGGGUCGAGCUGGAGGAGUUUGUGGUGAGUGGCAAGUCAAGGUUGAUGGUCAUGAACAUCGAUCGGGCUAGGGUUAUCAAGGAGCUGCUGGAGGCCAAGCAGAUGAACGAGGCUGUGGGCCCGGGAGAAAGGAGCAGGCCCGGUGAGGCCGCCUCAGGGAAAGGUGUGGCCAUUGGGAUGUUUGGGCCGAGGGGCGUGGGGGGAAUGGUGGGGGUGCCGAGGGGUGUGGGGGUCCCACCCCCCAUGCACAGGCAGAUUAUGCCGCCAGUGAAGCCCAGAACGGAGGAAGAUGACAUGAAGGAUCUGGAGGCUUUGUUGAACAAGAAAAGUUUCAGGGAGAUGCAAAAGUCGAAGACGGGUGAGGAGCUUCUGGACCUCAUACACCGGCCUACGGCCAAAGAAACUGCUGUGGCAGCUAAGUUUAAAAGCAAAGGCGGUUCACAAGUGAAAGAAUACUGCUCGUCUUUAACAAAAGAAGAUUGUCGACGUCAAUCUGGUUCCUUCAUUGCUUGUGAUAAGGUUCAUUUUCGGCGCAUAAUUGCCGCACAUACAGAUAUGAAUUUGGGGGACUGUUCAUUUCUUGACACCUGCCGUCACAUGAAGACAUGCAAGUACGUACAUUAUGAGCUCGACUCAACUACUGAUGUGUCACCUAUGAUUAUGGGGCAAGCUACUUUACCUCCACCGAAACCAUUGAAGCCCCAAAGUGCUCACUAUUGCUCGGAAGUCGAGCUUGGAGAACCACAGUGGAUCAACUGUGACAUACGUUCGUUUAGAAUGGACAUAUUAGGGCAAUUCGGGGUUAUUAUGGCCGAUCCACCUUGGGAUAUUCAUAUGGAAUUACCUUAUGGAACUAUGGCUGAUGACGAAAUGCGAACUCUGAACGUUCCUGCAUUACAGACUGACGGUCUUAUAUUCCUUUGGGUCACUGGACGUGCAAUGGAGCUUGGACGUGAAUGCUUGGAGCAUUGGGGUUACAAGCGUGUGGAGGAAAUAAUAUGGGUGAAGACCAAUCAACUUCAGAGGAUCAUAAGAACGGGCCGGACGGGCCAUUGGCUCAACCACAGCAAAGAGCAUUGCCUUGUUGGAGUGAAGGGAAAUCCUGAAGUCAAUAGAAAUAUCGACACUGAUGUCAUUGUGGCUGAAGUUCGUGAAACGAGCCGGAAACCGGAUGAGAUGUAUGCCAUGCUGGAACGGAUAAGUCCAAGGACAAGAAAGCUGGAGUUGUUUGCAAGGAUGCACAACGUGCAGGCUGGGUGGCUAUCAUUGGGUAACCAACUGCAAGGAGUACGGUUGGUAGAUGAAGGGCUGAGAGCAAGAUUUAAGGCGGCUUAUCCUGAUGUGGAUGUGCAGCCAUCAUCACCACCAAGAACAGCUGCCAUGGAUGAUAAUACUGUAGAAGCAAAAGUGGCUAGUGCAGAUGGAGAGAUGACUAGCUAAGUCUGUGUUAGCUCGUAACUAACUUUUAUUACGCAUCAUUUAUGUAAUCACCUGUCUUAACUACUUUGUUCAAUUUAUGUUUUAGGUUGGAUGUUUUCAUUUUGCUCAUUCGAUCUUUUGUAUUCAGGUGAAAUUCUCUUGUUGGUAGGUUGUUUCUUGCCUUAGGUGGAUGCAUGCUUAUUGCUUAAUGUUGGCUUAUGCUGUAUCAGCAUGUACAAAAAUUGCUUUUAGUGUCUUCCAUGGGUUAAAGUUUAAACCAACUCUUGUAUCUUGUGAGGGAAAAAAAUUGGAAAUUAUGGGUGUGCCUGAAUAUGCUUUUGUUAGAAUUCUUUUAUUUCACUACUGGAG